AUGUCUGACUAUGACAAGCUGAAGCUGAUUGAGGCCAGAGUCCUUCACUGCGGGGCACGCAGCUUCUUACUUGCCCUGAAGUAUCCAACUGUGACCAAGAGGCCCUUUGCGGAGCGCCAUGAAGCGGUCACUUUGAGAAGGUUUGGAUCCGCGAAGGGCGCCUUCGCAAGAACAGUCACCGCUUCGCCGUUUGCAGCGGUUGGAAUGCACCGAUCAGCUUUCGACUGCCAAGCGCCUGCGACUCGAAAGCAGAUUCGGCAACUGCAGGCAGCGAGCUGGCUACCAAACUUCAUGGAGACCCUGCCAGGCUUCGCAGUGAUGCCCGUGCGGGCGCUGUGA